AUGCUGAGGGUGUAUGUGUUGGCUGCCACCAGUCGUCCUGACCUGAUUGAUCCUGCUCUUUUGAGACCCGGGCGACUGGACAAAUCCCUCUACUGCCCUCCUCCUGAUCGGGAGGCCAGGCUGGAGAUCCUGAAGGCUUUGACUCAUUCCGUGCCGCUGGCUUCAGAUGUGGACUUGGAGCAGAUCGCUGUGGCAACAGAGCUGUUCACUGGAGCUGACCUAAAGGCCCUUCUCUAUAACGCUCAGCUAGAGGCCAUCCACAGCAGCCUGGGGCCCAACACUCUGCAUGAUCUGGGCUCGGGGUCAGACAGUGAUGUCAGCCUGUCCUCCCUGAUCUUCCUGAACCACAGCAGCGGGUCAGAUGACUCAGCUGGGGAGGGGGACGCUGGGCUGGAGCACUCUAUGGUUCUGCUCGCCCCCUGUGAACUUCCACCUGAGGACCCACGCCACAACAUCUGGCGCCUUUACUUCGGAAGCUCCUUUGAGUCUGAACUGGACAACCAGUCUCUUUCUGAGCUGAAUUCUCAGUGCCUGUCUGGACCCACUUCAACCGCCCCUGACCUAACGGGGGCGUCAGUGAGGGAUCCGAACUCCUGUCAUGCCCCAGCUUUUAUGUCCUGUCUGCAGGACGGCUUUCAGGAGCUGACACACGAGCACUCAGAACGCCUCAGAGCAGAAGUCAACACAGUUAAGAACAGUUACCGCAGAAAUCCGGAUGAAUCAUCUCUGGUGCAGACUGGCCCCAGUAAGCCUGGCGCUGUCAUAUGCCAAACUCACCUCAUCUCCGCUAUGGCUAACACUCGAGUAUCUGUCAGCAGAGAAGACUGGAGGAGAUACACUGAACUAUAUGAGUCUUACGGAGCCUCAAAGGAAGGCAAGUCUCAGAGCACUGCUUUGAUUAAAGCAGGUCAGCGGGUGACAUUGGCUUAAUGAGAGCCUCGCAUAAAUUAAUACAGCUCAGGGCAUUAAGAAGUUUUUUUCUUUUCUUUUUUUUUUUGGCUGAGAUUCUUGUGUGGGUGAUACGGUCAACUUAGGUUUGUAUCACACAUUCUUGUUUUUCUCCUUCUCAUGCAAAUGCAUACUUAUGUUUUGAUGCUAAGAGGAGGAACGUAUCACGAUUAAACAAAUAAUUAAAAGAUCGUUUUGAAGUUUUUCGAGUGACAUGUUCGUUAAAAAUGCUUAGCUGCUGUAGGCGAUAUUGCUUGGAAGAAAACAGAAAACAAAUGUGUAUAGAUUAAAUAUGUAAUUAACUUUUUAAUAAAUGACAAUUCAUCAUUCUAAAUGAUGCC